AUGGUCCGCCAACUAAAACACCACGAGAAAAAACUCCUCCGCAAAGUAAACUUCAACACCUACAAAUCCGAAAACAACCACCGCGAACACUCCAUCCGAGCGCGCUACUACCUCCAAGGAACCCAAGACUACGCUAAAUACAAUGUCUUGUGCGGGAAUUUACGAAGUUUAGCGCAUAAACUCUCUGCUUUGGACCCCUCCGACCCGUUUCGUAAACAACUCGAGUCUGAGAUUUUGGAGAAGUUGUGGGCGAUUGGGGUUUUGAAGCAGUCGCGGGAACAAGGGGCGGGACUGUCGAGGGUGGAGCAUGAUGUUACGGUUUCUGCGUUUUGCCGAAGAAGGCUGGGGGUGUUGAUGACGAGGAAUGGGAUGGUGCAGGAUGUUAAGACGGCUGUUAGUUUGAUUGAGCAAGGACAUGUCCGUGUCGGAACAGAGGUUGUUACUGAUCCCGCAUUUCUCGUUACGCGGAAUAUGGAAGAUUUCGUUACCUGGGUCGACUCGAGUAAGAUCAAGAGGACUAUUAUGAAAUAUCGGGACAAUAUGGAUGAUUUCGAUUUGAUGGUUUAA